AUGGCCGAGCUCGUAUAUCACGGCACCCCGACCCUCUACCCCGACGGCAGCGGGCGGAUGGGCGCCAUACGCUUCUCGGCUCCCGUACGCCUCUCCAGCCUCCGCGUGAUCCCCGAAGGCGUUGCGUGUCCAGACGGUGUGGGCCAAACCUCUCCCAGCGACUUUACUCUUGAGAUCCUGCUCAAUGUCGCACCAUCAGACCCCAUCAACGCACUUGCACGCACCUCUGCUCGCGUCACGUCCAGCUCGCACGCACUUGACUUUAUCCUCGACAUGCCCGAAGGCACAACGACGCGCCUCGUAGUCAUCCGAGCACCGGCGCGGCAGAUCACCCUAAGUCUAUACGCCCACGCAGACGCAGACGGUACGACGCCGGUACCAGCCACCACUAUUCCUACUUAUCGACCAACGGCCCUCCGCCUGGGAACGCCUGAGACUCUCCUCGCCUCCCUCUCGACCUUGGAGGCGGAUGGGAAGCGACGCGCUCUGGCCGCACUUUCACUCCUCGCCAGGCGCGACUGGACGUUGGAAUCCGCUCUCGCGUCACCCCACAUCGAAAACCUGCUGGACGAGGGCGCUUCUGUGGCCGCAGCGUCCAUCCUCGGCAUCCAAGACACCGACGGGGCACAAACAUCCCUCGCUGCCCUCCUAGCGUUGAACUCUGAUCCGUGGGCCACAGAGUAUCCACAUACGGAGGCGCCGCUGGCGCGCGUCCUCCGCCUCGCGGACGCACAGGCAUCUUCAUCCCAUCCACGUGCCGGCGAGGCUCUGGCCACUACAAUCGCCCGCCUCGCCGCCCUCGAAGUGUCAGGGCCCACAGCCGCGCGGCUGGCCCGCGCGCUUCCCCCGCUAGCAGCGAAUGCGAUGACGCGUGGCGCAUCCACCGCUCUCCCGUCGCUGGACGCACGCACGGUCCUGCGCGCCCUCCUCCCAUCCACCGCCGCCGUAGCGGCGGGAAAGUCGUGUGCUCCAUCAGCGCGCGUUCUCGCAACCCCAUUCCUCCGCCAAUUACCGCGGAACGACCCCCUCCGACGCGCUUGGGAUCCCUCCGUCCCCGUAUACGCGCCGUCGGCUUCUGCGUCGCCGAUGCCCCGCGCCUCGCCACUCCCCACAGUCCAGGUCGAGCCGCCGCAGGAGGCGCGUAUUUCUCCAACUCAGGUGGGGAGGAUACAGCGCAGCCUCGAUGCGCGGUCCAGCUCUAUCUCACUGAACCCGACGCCGGCCGAGCUGCUUGCUGCCAUCGCGCCUGGUCUUUUGGGCGCCUUGUCGUCUGCAAAGGCGCCGCCGCUCGGUAUACCUGCCUCCCGAGCUGCUCAUGGGAGUGCUAGCGACUACGCUGGGAAAGUGUAUUCGGCGCACGAGUUCCGGCGGGAACGCGAGAUGGUCAGUGGGCUGGGGGUCGGCGCGUCGGGCGCGGGACGUAAGGCGAGCCGACACGUAGAUGACUUUGGGUCGUAG